CGCUUGAACACAGCCACGCGAUAACUGUCUGAAAGUAGUGAAUCGUUACAAUGUUGUUAGCCGGUUUGUGCUCCUUUUUUAAACGUUGGUGAAGUGAGGAAAAUACAGCGUAGUUAUAUAGUAUUUUGUAUUUUGUCAAUUGACGAAAAAGAUUUUGUUCAGUUGUAAGCAAACCAUGGUCAGCACUAUGAAAUUAUCUCUUGGUUCACGAUGCGUCAAAUAUCUGAUGUUCAUCUUCAAUCUGCUCUUUGUUAUCACGGGUAUAAUAUUAUUAUCCAUUGGCGUUACGAUACAGGGAGUUUAUUACAAUUAUCAACACUUCUUGGAUAAUAAAUUUUUAUCAGCUCCUUCUCUGUUGAUUGCAAUUGGCACAAUUAUCUUUUUCAUCGCCUUUUUCGGGUGUUGCGGCGCUGUACGCGAAAAUUAUUGUAUGAUAGUUACGUUUACGUCGUUGUUGGUCAUCGUUUUUAUUUUGGAACUCUCAGGUGGUAUAUCUGGAUACGUUCUGAGAGCGAGAGCUUCAUCAAUUAUUCAGGAGAAAAUGAAAGAGUCAAUACAACAGUAUCAAAAUAAUUCAGAGAUAUCAACCGUUUGGGACAAUCUACAGCGCGAUUUCCAUUGUUGUGGUACAACUAACGCGACCGAUUGGGUAACUAUUGGACAUAUGAAAGAGACAAAUAUUCCAGCCUCGUGCUGUAUGGAAAUUACAGCACCGAAAAAUUGCACUAUUACGUCCCCAACAGUGCAAAGCACAGGUUGCUAUAAUACGUUUGUUUCUUUUAUUAAAUCACAUGCUGUACAACUUGGUGGUGUUGGACUUGGCAUUGCUUUCGUUCAGGCAAUUGGAAUCUGGUUCUCAGUUUUCUUAGCUCGAUCGAUUAGAAACAGUUAUGAGACUGUAUAACGUGCAUUCUGCUAUUUAAGAAUACAUACAGUGAUAAAAAUGAAAAUUAGAAAUUAAUCCCAAACGGAACCAUUAUUAUAAUCAUAGUUCCAUUUAAGAAUACAUCCAUAAAAAAAUAUUUUAUAUUUCCAAGACUUACUAUUAUAUAAUCAAAGAAAAGUGUUAUUGUGCAAUGCAUAACGGGUUUUCUACUAAUAUUGAGAUAUUUAAAUAUUUUCUUUGUUAUUAAUGAUAAAGGUUUAUUUGAAUGAAUAAUUAAGUAAAGAAAAAUAAAAGAAGACCGGAAAAUGUUUGCCUUUUAUGUUACAUCAUAUUCUCCUUUGGGAAUCAGUCAUUCAUUUCUCAAUAUCGUUAAAAACAAAGAAGAUAUUUAAAUAUUUUAGUUUCAGCGACUCAUUCUGUCUACCAGUGCAUAUAUUACCAGUGAAAUAUAGUAUGAAAGUUAUGAGAUUUCUAUCAGAUUAAAUGUUAUGUAUUUGAUUAUAUGUACUUACAUAAAAUAAAAAAUAUGUACAUAAAAUAAAAAA